UUUUUCGUAUUGCAUUUAUACAAAUUUUGUGAAAAAAUUAAAGAACUGAAGCAUCUCAUAAAAUUUGUAAAAUUAUUUUUUUUCAUUAUUGUAUUGAAAUAAAAAGGCGAAACUAUGUCUACAUUAGAUUUGUGCGAAGAGUAUUUCGAAACGCGGGAUGCUUACAAAGUCUUUGGUGUAUCAAAUACCGCCACAGAAAAAGAAUUAAAAAAGGCUUAUUAUAAAAUAUCUUUGCUCGUUCAUCCAGAUCGUGUACCAGAAGAAGAAAAAGUAAGCGCCACAGAAAAAUUUAAAGUACUCUCUAAAGUCUAUCAAGUCUUAAUGGACAAAGACAAGAGAGAAUUGUAUGAUGAACAAGGAAUUAUCGAUGAUGACGAUGACAUCUUGGAAACUAAAUUGAAUAAUUGGCUAGAAUUAUGGCGGAAAAUUUUUCAACCAAUUACUAAAGAGGCAAUAGAAAAUUAUGAGAAGACCUAUAUAAAUUCGGACUUAGAAAGGUCCGACAUACGUAAAGCGUAUUUAUCCAGUAAGGGCAGCAUUGAUAAAAUUAUAAAUGAAGUUCCAUUUUUAAAAGUGGAUGAUGAAGAUCGCUUGCAGAAGAUCGUACGCGAAAUGAUUGCGGAUGAAGAGGUCCCAGAAUAUAAAAUAUUUACUGAAGAACCGGCUCGGAAACGUAAAAAGCGUCACCAGAAAUAUGCUAAAGAGUCAAGAGAAGCGGAAAAGCUCGAAGCAAAACUAAGGGCUAAAGAGAAAGAAACUGAAAUGGAUACAAAAUUGAAUGACGGUCAUAGUGGUGUUGGCAGUUUGGAACAAACAAUACUGGCUCGCCGGCAAGCACGGGAAAAUAAUUUCAAUUCUUUAAUGGAAAAGUUAACGGAACGUUAUGGUAACGACGACGAGGAUGAAGUCAUAGAUUUGGCCAGUUUGGGGCGACGUAAGAAAAACGUAAAGAAUACUUCUCGAAAGCUCACUAAAAAGGGAAAAGCAGCAGAUUUACAGAGCGGCGUUAAAGAGGGAAAAAUUAAGAAACUUAAAUCGAAAAAAUAGACUUUUUAGUCAGUCAUACAUUUCGUUAAAUUUACGUUUAAUUCAAAAUUUGUAAUAAAAAUACAGAAAAGCGACGAGAGAGAGAGGGUUGGCUAAGAAAACAUGGAAAAUGUAGUCAAGUUUAAUUUUGGUAAACAUAAUAGUAGGGUAGUUUAGAUUAUUUUGCAAAUAUUAGUCAUAGAUGUAAAUGUCUAUGGGAACUAUCAAUAGGAGUGUUGCGCAUAUAUUCUUGAGCAAGAUGAGUGAAGGAAUCGAUUUCUUUGGGGCCUAUGCUUAUGAGCAGAAAUUUUAGGCAGAAGUAUCAAGUGUAUUUUAGCAAGGCGAAUGACCAUUCAUAAAUAAGAAGAAGAAUAUAAAUAAAAAUUUUUUUGAAAAGUUACGAGAGAUUACAGUGUCUAGUGAUUAGUCCGGUAAAAUUUGCGAUAUAA